CUCACCCUCGCAUUUGAGGUUUUCAUGUCACAUUAGUGUCCCUGGCGGUGGUCCAGCGGUAACCAUUGAGGUACGAGAUAAGGUAAGGCACUCUUUUUUUUAUGUAUGUGUUUGUAGCAUCGUGCAUACAGUCUCUCCGCCACGGCCUGCGCGGGGAGGUUUUGUGCAUGACACGUGUGGUGGACUGAAGAGCCGGCAGCCGGAGCGCCGCGGCUGCCCAGGCCAGAGCAACGCCAUCCCCGACAGGACAGCGGAAAGGAAGAAACAGUGAUGAAAAGACAUGUAGAAUAAGUUCACGUUGUCUAUACAGAAGAACUACAGUGAAUGUCUUAAAAACGCGUCUGUAGAAACUGCUUACAUAAUUCAAACGGAUAAAUUGCGGUUAAUAUUUCGAAAACUCUUUUAUAUAAAUAGAGUAAUAUUAACAAUCGCGGAUUUUGAUAUGGAUGUAAACAAUUCCUAUUACCUCACCACAACAUGAUAAAAAUUUUGAGACUAACUAAUGAGCACAUAUACCAAGUAACGCCCCCUAACCGAGCACCCUGCCCUCUCCACCCACUCCCCAAGAGAAGGAAGAAAACACAGCAAUCCUACUAUAUUUAUUCAUCAACAAACAACAGACAACAGAAUCAUUGACUUUCUGUGUCGCCAAAGCAUCUUUUCAAACGUUCACUGCGCUGACAGUUUUCAGGUGCAGAUUCGCGAGACACUCACUAACAGGUCUUGCUUCAGAUAUAAGCAACUUACUGAAACAACCGAGAAAACAUAUGAUGUAAAUCUUCCACUACUAAGCGAUCUUAGAAUCCAGCCGCUCACAAUAUCAUUUGCUUGCAUAUUGCAGUCUCACGAAAAUCCCUUCGUAUUUUGGCAGCUUGUCUUCCCAGUCUCCAGCAGUGCCGUGCCCGUACCACCACCUCCUUUGCGUCCCACCACUAACCAAAAUGGAGACUGCACCGUGACUGGUCCUUUUAUGGGUGAAUGUGAUGUGGAACGCUGCCACUUCGCCUCUUAGCCACGUCUCAGUCCUGAUUGAAUGAAGGAUAGGCGAUGAUGAAUGUAGUUCUUCAGUGCGUUUUCUGACCAGCCUUGACUCACGAUCCUCUUGGCAGGAGUCACGAAGGUGUAAUGAAGAAGCAAAUCGUAUCUUUCCUCUACCAGGUGGUGUCACGCCCCCACAAGUCUGGCAAUGAGUGAUAUCAAAAACUCUCUUUUCAAGAACUGACUCGAAAAUAAACAAUACUUAUUCCUGUGGGUUAUUGCCCAAUUGGAAGACAGUGGACUGUCCUUCAUACCGUCCUUGUGGCCUUCAGAGGACAAAAAAUGACAUUCUUCCUGCAAUAUGGCACCAGCAAGACGCCCUGUGAUUGGCUGGCCUCUGGCGCCGCCUCCUCCUCUAUGGUGCUGAGUCACGGUCGCCCGCGGGUGUUUGACCAACGGUGCUCAAGACCGCCGAGGGAAACCUGCACCUCGAAGCGCCUUUACCGCCUCUGAGGAGAAGAGCCACUGGAUCUGAGGGAGAGAAGCCUUUCUACCCUGCAAAGCCAACACUGCUCCGUGCUCGUGUUUGGCCAGCAGGGAGGGAGGAGAGCGAAGGGAGGAGGGCGAGGGGUCAGGCGUAUUUCUCUCCCCUCCUCCCCUUCCUCCCUGACCACACCUUUAAUGUUGACCAAGCGAGGUUGAUUUUUUUCUUUUCAACUCAGCGAUUUCUUCUAAUGUAGCGCAGUAGGUCUUCCCUCUUGACGCCCCCUCGCGCCGACGACGUCACGACCUCUCCUUCGUAUAUAAAGAAGACUUCGCUCAUUGAAGGCACAGCAUCGCCCGGCCAGACACUCACUCAGCAGGCCACGCGGCAUCUAGUGAUUGAAUCAGUGCACGCGGAGAUUACCAUACACUCGCUAAUCUCAUUACCAUCUUCAUCUCACCGACCAUGAGCCGAUUAGCCCUAGGAUGUCUGCUGGCGGCGUGCCUCGCUGUGGCCACCGCGGAACAAGAACUUGACUCGAUACAGGAUCUUGAGACGGACGACGGCAACAUUUAUGAUGACGAGGGGCGCCUCCUCAUAGUCACGGUUGGCUCUGGUACCUCCGCCACCAGCCUCAACUUCACCAACUUACUGCCUUCGUUAUUCUCAAGCAUCGGUCCCUUCCUAGCGGGCGCGGGUCUAACGGCUCUCGGUUUCGGUAUCCCGUCCGCUAUCCUGUGGGGCAAAGGCUGCUACGGGUAUGGCUAUGGCUCUGGCUCCGGCAGCGGCUACGGCUCAGACUCAGGCUACGGCAAUAGUGGCGGCUACUCGUCCUACUCUUCAUACAGGCGGUCCUUCGAUCCCUACGCUAUCGACUGGGAAAAGUUCUCCAUCAUCGACUGGAUCGCCAUCGGAGAGGAGGCCUGGAGGAAGUUUGACCCCGCUGACCUCGAGUGCCAGAAGCGCCUCAUCUGCGAGAUCCACCAGAACACCUCUCGCUUCGGAGCUCCCGCCGCCAGAAUCGUCGACGUGUUCAGCUACCUGCAAUACGCCGAGGUUCUGUCCCUUCCUGACGAGAUCAAGGCGCUGGUGGAGGAGUAUAACGACGCGGCAGAUCGGGGUCGUAACUUACAGAAAGACUGCGGUGACGUCUAUACAACUUGUGACUUCUCGGUGAAGAAAAUAAUGGAGAAAUACUCACAUAAUGAAAUCUAGGACUACUAGUGAGGGUCCGGCGCCUAAGAACUGCCCGAGGACGCCUCAUAUAUACACGAGGGCGCGAUUUGACCCUCUUAGUAUCGAUCUGAUCUUGGUAGGGGUAGGAUGGUGCUCUGCUUCCUUCCUCCCCUUGACCUACAGCUCGUCAUGAUUCCGUUUAGUAUUUUUUGUCUUGUUGAUUGUUGAUUCAAUUGUAUUUAAAAAAAAAGAAGUUUGUUGUUAAUUUGUAUUUAAGGUAAUUUAUUGACUGUGAUUACGGCUAAGACUGCCAGACUGCACCAACGCCAUAGACGCAAGACAAGCUACUCAACUCCUGACGCAGAGACCAGUUCCUCCUCCUCCUUCUUCUUCUCCUCCUCCUCCUCCUCUUUCUGUUCCUCCUCCAGCAGAGCCACGGACGCAGCGAUGCCCAGACGCUCCUGAUUGUAAAUAUGACGUUAUUCUCUUUACAUAAACGUGCUCAUUUGA